UCUUUACAAACACGACAGGCUCAGGCUCGCUCUCUCUAUAUAUGCAUGUAUACAUCUGAGUGGCAAAUUCUUUUAUUCCUUUGUUCUUCUUUAAUCCUUCCUGCACGAAAUUCAAACAAGAAUAAUGUCUGACCAUGCGGAAUCGUCCGAUUCCAGGAAAUCGGGGAAGAAAGACUUCUCGACGGCCAUUUUGGAGAGGAAAAAGUCGCCGAAUAGGCUGAUCGUUGACGAGGCUGUUAACGAUGACAAUUCUGUCGUUUCGAUGCAUCCGGAGACUAUGGAGAAGCUCCAGCUCUUCCGCGGUGACACCAUUCUCAUCAAGGGCAAGAAACGGAAGGAUACAAUUUGCAUUGCUCUUGCUGAUGACACCUGUGAACCACCAAAAAUCAGGAUGAACAAGGUUGUUAGAUCUAACCUGAGGGUUCGACUUGGAGAUGUUGUAUCUGUGCACCAAUGCCCAGAUGUUAAGUAUGGAAAGCGUGUUCACAUACUGCCAAUUGAUGACACCAUUGAAGGUGUUACUGGGAAUCUGUUUGAUGCAUACCUCAAACCUUAUUUCUUAGAGGCUUACAGGCCUGUGAGGAAAGGGGAUCUUUUCCUUGUCAGAGGAGGGAUGAGAAGUGUAGAGUUCAAGGUCAUAGAAACUGAUCCAGGAGAGCAUUGUGUGGUUGCCCCAGAUACUGAGAUUUUCUGUGAGGGGGAACCUGUGAGAAGGGAGGAUGAGGACAGGCUGGAUGAAGUAGGAUAUGAUGAUGUUGGUGGUGUUCGGAAGCAGAUGGCUCAGAUUCGCGAGUUAGUGGAGCUGCCACUGAGGCAUCCUCAACUUUUCAAGUCAAUUGGUGUGAAGCCACCAAAAGGAAUUUUGCUUUAUGGACCCCCAGGUUCGGGAAAGACAUUGAUAGCUCGAGCUGUUGCUAAUGAAACUGGUGCAUUUUUCUUUUGUAUAAAUGGGCCAGAGAUAAUGUCCAAAUUGGCUGGAGAGAGUGAAAGCAAUCUGAGAAAGGCAUUUGAAGAAGCUGAGAAGAAUGCUCCUUCUAUCAUCUUUAUUGACGAGAUUGAUUCAAUUGCUCCCAAGCGCGAAAAGACUCAUGGUGAGGUUGAAAGACGGAUUGUCUCACAGCUUUUAACUCUUAUGGAUGGGCUCAAAUCUCGGGCACAUGUUAUUGUCAUUGGGGCUACUAAUCGUCCAAAUAGUAUUGACCCAGCAUUGAGAAGGUUUGGAAGGUUUGAUAGGGAGAUAGACAUUGGUGUCCCAGAUGAAGUUGGGCGCCUUGAAGUUUUACGAAUCCAUACAAAGAAUAUGAAACUCUCUGAUGAGGUUGAUCUGGAAAGGAUUGCAAAAGAUACCCAUGGUUAUGUUGGUGCUGACCUUGCUGCCCUAUGUACUGAAGCUGCACUUCAGUGCAUCAGAGAGAAGAUGGAUGUGAUUGACUUGGAGGAUGACUCUAUUGAUGCUGAGAUACUUAAUUCCAUGGCUGUUACAAAUGAGCACUUCCAAACUGCCCUUGGAACUAGCAACCCAUCUGCUUUACGUGAAACAGUUGUUGAAGUGCCCAAUGUUAGCUGGGAUGACAUUGGUGGUCUCGAGAAUGUUAAGCGGGAGCUUCAAGAGACUGUUCAAUAUCCGGUGGAGCAUCCAGAGAAGUUUGAGAAGUUUGGCAUGUCACCUUCUAAAGGUGUCCUUUUCUAUGGCCCUCCUGGAUGUGGGAAAACUCUACUGGCUAAAGCAAUUGCAAAUGAAUGUCAAGCUAACUUCAUAAGUGUCAAGGGUCCUGAACUACUUACAAUGUGGUUUGGUGAGAGUGAAGCCAACGUUAGAGAAAUUUUUGACAAGGCCCGACAAUCUGCACCAUGUGUCCUUUUCUUUGAUGAGCUCGACUCUAUUGCUACUCAGAGAGGAAGCAGUGUUGGUGAUGCUGGUGGUGCAGCUGAUCGGGUUUUGAAUCAACUUCUAACUGAAAUGGAUGGCAUGUCAGCAAAGAAGACUGUUUUCAUAAUUGGGGCCACCAACAGACCCGACAUUAUUGACCCAGCACUCUUGCGGCCUGGCCGUCUUGACCAAUUGAUUUAUAUUCCUCUUCCAGAUGAAGAGUCACGUCAUCAAAUCUUCAAAGCCUGUCUGAGGAAAUCACCUGUCUCGAAAGAUGUUGAUUUGAGGGCAUUGGCCAAGUAUACUCAAGGAUUCAGUGGAGCUGAUAUUACGGAAAUUUGCCAGCGGGCAUGCAAAUAUGCCAUAAGGGAGAAUAUAGAGAAGGAUAUUGAGAAAGAGAGGAGGAGAAGUGAGAAUCCAGAGGCAAUGGAUGAGGAUAUUGAGGACGAAGUGGCUGAGAUCAAGGCUGCUCAUUUUGAGGAGUCUAUGAAAUUUGCUCGCAGGAGUGUUAGUGAUGCUGACAUUCGCAAAUAUCAAGCAUUUGCUCAGACGUUGCAGCAAUCUAGGGGAUUCGGAUCAGAUUUUAGGUUUUCCGAAACAAGGACCAGUGGAGCCGCAUCUGAUCCAUUCACAACUUCAGCUGGUGGGGCUGAUGAAGAUGAUCUGUAUGAUUAAGUCUUCUAGUUAUUCAAAUAUAUUCAACUGACAUUUUGGCUUUGCGAGAAUGCAUGACAUGUUUAGCUUUUGGUUAAGACAGGGCAAUUUGUUGCUGGGUGGUGUCUGUUAUAACUUUCGCUUUCUUGUAAUAUGGAAUUUAGCGCUUAGCAGUGCAGGCUGACGUCUGUUUUACACUGUACCAUAUUACUAUAUGCGGAUACCUUGCGCUUGGAGGGCCAA